AUGUGCGUUCACCGGUGGAAGGAGUCCGAGCGGCCUAAGGGGCCACCGAAGCAGAAGAAGGAGAAGAAGAGCUAUAGCCACCUGGCUAUGGUGAAGCGUGGGGAGAGGCCAAAGAUCAAGAGGCUCAAGUGGAAGGCUCGAUGCAUCCAUGGCCACCGUGCGAAGGCCUGCGCCAUCUGCCGCGGCUGUCCGCACGGGCGGCUUCCCUUCCGCUGCCCCGAGUGCCGAGGCAGUUGCCCCCACGGGCUGUUUGUUCGGCGGUGUACCAUCUGCUCGGGCUGUGAGCAUGGGGUGCUGCGCGACGUCUGCACCAUGUGCACGAGUCGCGGUAAGCAUGGCCUGGUGAAGUCUGCCUGCCGCCUCUGCACGCCCUGCCCGCACGGACGCCUCAAGGGCGGCUGCUUGACGUGCAAUGGCUGCCCCCAUGGCCGGCUACGGCAAAACUGCGCCAGCUGUAAGUCUUGCCCCCAUGGCAAGGUGCGAGAGCACUGUGCCUCGUGCAACGUCUGCAAACAUGGCGUGCACAAGCUCACCUGCCUCACCUGUCAUGGAUGCCCACAUGGGAAGCUGCCGCGCUUCUGCCCCCAGUGCCAACCCUGCGAGCACGGCAAGGACCGUGCCCACUGUCCCAAGUGCGCAGGGUGUCCACAUGGGAAACUGCCGCACAACUGCAAGCUCUGCAGUGGCUGCCCGCAUGGCCGCGUCAAGCGCUUCUGCGGCACUUGCAACCCUUGUCCUCAUGGCCGCAGGAAGCAGAACUGCCCCCAGUGCAAGACGUGUGAGCAUGGCAAGCUGAGGGAUGCCUGCAGCGAAUGCAAGGGUUGCCCGCACGGAAAGAUCCGGCGCUUCUGCGGCACCUGCAACCCGUGUCCUCAUGGCAGGCUGAAGCAGGCCUGCCGCGAGUGCACGGCCUGCGAGCAUGGCAAGGUGCGCAACAGCUGCAGCACGUGCAAUGGCUGUCCGCAUGGCAAGGUCCGUCGCUUCUGUGGUCGUUGCAAUCCUUGUCCACACGGAGAGCCCAAGCAGAGCUGCAAGCAAUGCAACAGCUGCCCGCAUGGGAAGCGUCGGGCCUCCUGUGCCGAGUGUAAUGGAUGCCCACAUGGGAAGGUGAGACGCCUCUGCGCGGUGUGCAACGAUUGUGGGCAUGGGAAGCUGGCCUUCAACUGUGGGAUUUGUAAGGCAGCAUUGUACAGCACAUUGACCUGA